AUGACUCCAGGCCGACAUCUGGUCGGCGGUAGAGGCGGUCGAAAUCAGCCUCCUGGCGCAGAGCCAGGCGCAAGCGCUCCCCCGCUCAACAAGAUGCGGAGAACUCACAGCGAGAAGCAGAGCAGCGCGGGGAUCGCACGGGCGGGGGGAAGCGGAAGCAGCUCAGGGAGCGCGGCGGAAGAAGCCCCACCUUGGGCGCGGGGAGUGCCCAGCGGACCUGCAAGUGGCGGAACAUGGGGAAGCGCGGGGGGAGCGAUGGGCGGAGUGGGCAGUCCUGGGCGCGCCGGCGGCUCACGUGUAAGAGAAGGUGAAAGGGAUGGCGUUGUUGCUGGUGCUGGUACGGGUGCUGGUGGUGGUGCUGGCGCUGGUACUAGUGCUGGCGCUAGUGCUAGUGACAGAGGAGGGGCAGGGCAACAGCAGCAGGGUCCGCAGCAGCAGCAGCAGCAGCAGCAGCAGCAGCAGCAGCAGCAGCAGCAGCAGCAGCAGCAGCAGCAGCAGCAGCAGCAGCAGCAGCAGCAGCAGCAGCAGCAGCAGGGUCAGCGCAUGAGAAGGCUGUCAGCAUCGUCUGUUGGCUCAGCUGCCAGUGAUGCUAGCGGAGCCUCUGGCACUCGGGGCGCAGCAGUUGUAGCGGGAGCUGUAACAGGAUCUGUAUCAGGAGCGGGGGAAGGGAGUGCAGGGGCGGAUAGCGGAGAGGGAGGAGGCAGAAGUGGGGGAGGAGGUGGGGGAAGUGGGAGGGAAACCAGUGGAGGGGAAGGGGCAGCAGGGAACAAGCCACUCGUUGCUGCAACUGCGCCACACAUAGAAUCAGAGCCUGCUGGUAGUAUUACUGUGACCGUCUUACGUGCCUCAGGUGCUCCAGGUGCCUCAGGAGGUGCUCCAGGUGCCUCAGCAGGUUCUUCAGGUGCUGCUGCAGCUCGGCUAGACAUAGACCUGUACAGCCCCCUCCCUGGCGGCAGUUUCAGCAGCUCCGGCAUUACCGCUGUUGCCACAACUGAUGUUCUUAGCGGGACUGACAGAAACGAGUCAGCUUCUAACGCUGAUGGCGAGCUUGACGCCACAGGGGCUGAAAGCACGCCAAGAUCGAAAUCCCCCCAAAAAGGCAAGAAAGGGGCGAAGGGAGAAGGGAAAAUGCAGGGGAAAGGGAGGAGAGACGGAGAGGAGGGUUCAAGCGGAGGAUCAGCAGAUGCUGGUGAUUCGAGUGCAGGGGAGGGGGGGCGAGGAGGGGGCGGGGGUGGAAAGGGAGGGAAGAGUGGAGGGAAGAAGAAGAGCGGGAGGACCAAGUCAGGGUCCGUACGUCCUCUGCUUCCCUUAUCCGUGGCAGAGAUGGUUUCCCACAGACGGGCAGCGUCACAGGGACAGGGGAAUGGCCCUGAAAAGGCGUCAGCCUUAGAGAAGGUCCGGGAAGGCAGUGAUGGAGAUCGUGUGGUUGCUGUGCCUGGCAGCACUAGUAACGCUGCCGAUGCCCUUGGUGCUUCUUAUGCCGCUGAUGCGGCGCCUGGUGGUGACGAUGCCCUUGCUCUAUACAGGGCAACUGCAGCUGCUGGUGCCGCCAGCCGUCUUCUCACGAGUCAUCUGCUGCAAUGCAACGCUGCUGCCGCUGCUGUUCUGAGAUGCCCUAAUGUACCUCCGUCUGUCCCUCUCGGCCUCCCUCCCACCCCCUCUCACCCUCCUCCCCCCAGGGCUGGGUCGCUGGCCAUAGGUCAGAUGCAGCUGCUGGUGUCCCCAGCUGUGUUCUCACGAGUCAUCAGCUGCAAUGCUGCUGCCGCUGCUGUGCUGAGAUGCCCCAGUGAAGACAUGCUGUGGGGUAACUCGCUCUGCGAGUCCCUCUGCCCAAGCCACGUGCCUAGAUUCGAGGCGUGGCUGCUGCUGGUGGCGCAGAUGGCAUGGCUGCUCCUUGUGGCGCAGAUGGUUCACUCAGCAGCGCUGCCUCCACAUCUGCACCAGAAGCCACCUCCCCCGCUACAGCUCACCCUCGCCAGCCACGCCGGCGCUGCCGUCUCUGUUCAACUCGUGGCCGUGCCACCCCUCACCCUCUCCCACUCCACCUCAUCAUCUUCUACUGCUGCUACUGUUGCUGCUGGUUUCACUGCUGCUGCUGCUGCUGCUGCUGCUGCUGCUGCUGCGGCUGCUGCUGCUGCUGGUGGUGGUAGUGCUGCUUUAGCUCUAGGGGAGGAGGAUUUACAGGUGCUGAAGGCCCUUGUGAGGAAGGAGGUGGAGGAACAUGUGGGGCGGGAGGCAAGGCAGCGGGCGGCGGAAGAGCUUCAGGAGGAGCUAAAGACAAAGCAUGCAGCCCUCAUGGCGUCGCUGACAAGGGAAAUCGCCAUGCCCCUGAAUGCCAUGGCAAGUGUGGCAGACUUUCUUCUCAACUCUCGUGCGCUAACACCUGACCAGAGGUCCCUCGUGCAGCUCCUCCUCUCCUCUGCCGAAAGCCUCUCCCAAACCCUCGCCCGCCUUCUCAAGUCCCCCGAGGCUGACCCCGAGGCUGCGCCCGAGCCUGACGACGAGGAUGAUGAGCCGCCGAGGCUGGAGAUUCGGGAAACGGACCUGCACCGAGAGGUGCGCGAGUGCAUGAGGCUGAUGGACGUGCAUGCCAAGGAGAAGGGCCUCGCCCUGCUGUGUGGCAUCGACUCCGCAGUGCCGCAGUUCAUCCUGUCUGACGGCCCCGCCAUCCGCCAAGUGCUGCACAACCUCAUAUUUAACGCCGUCCAGCACACUGACAGGGGUGACGUCACAGUAUCAGUGCGCCUGGCGUCGGACAAGGAAGCAGAGGAGCAUCGCGUGAAGCAGCGGCGCAAGGACAGCGCUGCUGUAGCCACCUUCCUGGAGAGACGCAGCAGCAGCACUCGCAGGGGAGGAGUGGGGAUGGGCGGGGGAGGGGGAGGAGCGGGGGAGGAUGGUGCGGGACGGGAGGGCGAGGCAGGGUCGGUGCUGCUGCGGUUUGAAGUGCGGGACACAGGCAAUGGGAUCAAUGCGGAACUACUGGCUGCUCUUGUCCAAGAGCUGGAGAAGAGCAAGCCAUCCCCAUCCUCCCUCGCAUCCUUCCUCCUGGGUCGUCCCUUUGCCACCACUGGGCUGGGCACAGUGCACGCCCUCAUCUCCCACGCCCUCAUCCCCGCCCCCGGCACCGCCGCCGCCGCCGCACUUGCCGCCCUCGCCCCUUCAAUGGCAGCAGGCGGAGCAGCAGGGGGAGGGGGAGCAGGAGGAGGAGGGGGCGGGGGAGCAGGAGGAGGGCUUGGGACGUUCAGCAGGUCGAGUAGUUACUCGAGUGCGGCGGGGGUGGGGGUGGUGGGCGGGUGGGGAGCAGGAGCGGUGCAGCUGCAGAGCGAGGUGGGGAGGGGCACGUCUGUGAUGUGUUUCCUGCCGGUGCCACUAGCCUCGUGCCAGGACAUCACUCCGGAGGAUCUGAAUCCACACCAGCCAUUGGAUAUGGACGUGUGGACGGAGCUGCCCAAUGCUCGCAUACUCAUUGUCGAUGCCAACGACAUGCACCGCCAGAUGGCGCUCUCCAUGCUGCGCUCCACAGGCGUGUCCUUUGACGUCGCCAGCUCCUCGCAGGAAGCGCUCUCACUCUUUGAACGCCGCCCCUUCGACCUCGUGCUGCUGGACUGCUACCUGAACGGCCCUGUCGAUGGCUUCGCCACAGCCACUCUGCUGCGCCAGCUAGAGGUUGACAUCGCCCUGAAGAAACACCUGCGCAGGAGCAGCAGCAACCGAAGCAACAGCAGCAGGAGCCCCUCGGCUGCCGCCGCCGCUGCUGCGGCUGCUGCUGCUGCAGAGGGGCCUGGAACGGUGGUGGCGCGGGCGUGCAUUGUGGCACUGACUCCCGGGACGGGGAACGAUGAGGAGGAGGAGGAGCGGUGCACGGCUGCUGGCAUGGACUAUUUCAUUCCCAAGCCGCUGCGACUGAGGGACCUCCACAUGGUCAUCAGGCAUCGUCUGGAGGUGCUGGCUCCCUACGUGCUCCCAGGGCACGCGGCCUCCCUUGUUCUCCUGGAGGCAGCCCCGUCCUCCUCUGAUGACUCAGAUGAUGAGGAGGACGAUGAUGAUCAUGGUAACGAGUAUGGCAAAAACGAGGACAGCAGCACGGCCAGUAACUUGCAGGCGUGGAUGCAGGGCCUGGCACAAGGCGGCUCGACAGUGGUCCUCAACCAGCCUCCCUUCCACCACCUGGGAAACCACCUGGGCAGUGCGGCACCUGAAGCGGCACCUGACGGGGCACCUGGGUAUUCACCUGGAGCGGCGGCAGCAGCAGCAGUGUCAGCGGCGGCGGCAGCAGGGGAUUUCGAGGCGCAAAGGCUGCUGAUGGCGAGUGCGAUGCAGUCUCUACCCCCUGAACUUGCUGGGGCUCUGCAAGGCUGUGACCCUGUUGCUCUGGCGAAUGCCCUGCAGGCUGUUGCUGCUGCUACGGCUGCAACGUCUGACCCAAUGCAGCAGCAGCAGCAGCAGCAGGAAGCGUGGCAGGAGCAGCAGGAGCAGCAGCGACGGGAGCUGUGGCAGCAGUUUGGCUUGUCUCAGCAGGCGUUCUUAUCAGCUGCUGCCGCUGCUGGCUUGCGCGGUGCUGCAGCUGGGGCGGAGGAGGAGAGUGAGGAUGAAGGGGGGAGUGUGGUGGAGCUGGAUGAUGAUGAUGAGGAAGAAGAGCUAGCAGGGAGUGAUAGUGAUGGGUCGGUGGUACAAGUGAGGGAUCCUAAGAAGCUUAGUGCGAAGAGGUCGGAUAUAGCAGAGCUUCUGGUGGAGUUGGGGCAGAGGGAGGAGGAGAGCAGGAGAGCGCUUGGGAAUGCGGACGGCGGGGGCAGUAGCGGAGACGGUAGCAGGGAUGGCAAUAACGAGGAUAGAAAUAACAGGGGCAAUGGGAGCGGCGGUUCUGGUGGUGAUCGUGGUGGUGCCGGUGGUGGUGGUGGUGUUGCUGAUGGUGAUGAUAGUGAUGGUGAUAGUGAUGGUGAGAGCGACAGUGAGUCAGGGUCUGUAGUAGAGUUUGAUCCGAACGAGGCUCGUGACUUGAGGAAGCUGAGUUCGAAGCGGUCAGACAUAGCAGGAGUGAUGUGGGAGCUGGGAAGGCGAGAGGAGGAGAUGGAGGAGGAGGAGGAAAAGGAGGAGGAGAGGGGGGGGAGCCUGGCCGUAGGGGGGAGAGGAGGUAUGGGGGGAGGUAUGGGAGGAGGUAUGGGAGGAGGUAUGGGAGGGGCGGAGCAGCAGGGAGGGGAGAUGCGGGGCAUGACGAUGCAGGAGAUUUGGGCUCAGGUGUCGGCUCGGGAGCGACUGGAAGGCACACGCGGGGGCGAUGAGGUGUGCAGUGAUGAUGAGGGUGCGGACAGGGGCGAGAGGCAGGGGGCGAGGGGCGGGGAGAGGGAAAGGGAAGAUGAGAGUGAGGAAGAGGAGGAGGAGGACGACGAGGAUGACGAGGUGGAGGAAGCGGCAAGGCAAGCGAUGUUCGGAAUGGCCAAGUCCAAGACGUACACCUCUCGGCAGUACCAGCAGCAGAUACAGGACGAGGAGGCACAGGAGCAGCAGCAGCGGCAGGGGCAGCAGCAGGGGCGGGGGUACCUAGAAUCCAGAUCACGCUCAUUAGGGCACGGAUUGUCGGCAGCAGCAGUGGCAGCAGCGAUGCGACCCAGCAGGACAGCAGUAGCUGAGCCUCCCACCAUGGUGCCUGGGGCUACCAGGGCUGGUGGCCGUACUGCGGGGGAAGGGGGCCCUCCUCAGAUGUCUUAUCCCAUCCCUGCGGAGUUUGCUUCGCCGUUUCUUCUCCCCCAAAACUUCACCACGCCGCAGGUGUUGGGGCAACAGGGGAUGGGCCGGGGAGGGAUGGGAGGGAUGGGAGGGAUGGGAGGAGGGAUGGGAGGGAUGGGGGGAGGGAUGGGAGGGAUUGGGGCAGCGGGUGGUGGUGUGUCGGCACAGUCAGCAGCAGCAACGGCUUUAAUCGCCUCGUUACUCUCCCCUCGCAACACCAGCAGUGUGGGUGCUGGUGGGUUUGGAGGUGGUACCAGUGGGUUCGGAGGGGGUACCAGUGGUUUUGGAGGGAGUGCCGUCGCGCCCCUCUCCCCCCACAUGCAAGCCUUUCAGGCUGCCCAGUUUGGGCUGUUCGGGCAGUUCGGGCAGAUGAGUUUUUCCCAAGGUGCCCCAUCAGGUCCCGAUGCUUCAGCAGCAGCUGCCCUGGCAGCCACAUGGCCCAAAGCCAAUGGCGGCCCAGGUCUGCCCGGAUCUCAAAGCUUGGCCGAGCCCGAGCCUAGCCGCCAGGGUCGGCGGUACGAGCGGCUGAGAGGAAGCAGCUCGGAAGAAUCACUCGAGCAGGGGACUGGGAAGAGAGGAGGGAGAGGAGGGGGUGGGGCAGCAGACGACGAUGAUGACGAUGGGGAGAGUGAUGAUGACGGGGAGGAGGAAGAGGAGGAUGAUGAGGAUGAGGAGCCGACUCUGGUACGUACCUUCACAGUGAAAGCAUCUGGAGACCAGAUCAGGAGUUUGCUCAGGAGUAAAACGUCUGAGAGGGGAACGCGGACGGCGGGAGGCGCGGGCGGAGGCUUGGAUGGGGACAGUGUCGAGGAGGACCCCCGAGGCUUGGUCCGAAGCAAGACGGCAGGUGCGGGGAAGGGGAUGCAUGCGGAAGAGGUGGUGUCGCUUUCAGCCCUGCAGGAGUUUCAGGGGCGAAUGAGCAGCAGAGGAACUGCCGCUGGUGGUGCUGGUGGUGGUGGUGGGAUGGGUGGGAACCAGGAGAAGCAGGCAGCAGGAGGCGGGGUAAAGGCGUGGAAGAAGGAUUGGGAGGCGGAGUUUCUAGCGAGUGUGGGGCUGACUAAAGUGGGAGGGGUGGUGCAACCACAGAUAGGAGGACGCGGGGGUGGGGGGGGUGACAUGGGGGACAGGGGAGGGAAUGUGAACCGCUUUGAGCAUUUGAAAGGGGGGUUCUAA